CCUGAACCAAGUAUAUUUUAAAGUUGCAGCCAUAAAUAAGCUACUUUCUCUCUCGUUUUGUGAAGUUCAAUAGUUUAGUAUGAUCUUCCUAUGUUAUCGGUGACUGGUUGCUAUGACCAUCUUUGCCUCCCCUCCCCUCUGGCCUGUCGAACCAGUUUAGUGGCUUUGUUUGGGGCUUGCCAGGGUAAGGCCCAAAGGCGUGGCAGAGAAAUUCUUCAGCGUUUGAUCGUCAUCACCGCAGGAUUCCAGACAUCCCGAUUAGCGGCAAAAUUUUGAAAGGGAAAUCAAUCAUUUCUGCAUACCAUGGCCUUUGUGGCCCUAGCAGUGGUGUUAUGCGUCUGGCUUGAUGUAAACAAUGCAGAAGUUCCCUUUACCCCAGAAAUUUCCUCCUCAACAGUAGCAUUAGGUGUACUGACAAGUAGAACAAUGGUGCUGAAACAGCCAAAGUGCUAUUUCGAUCAAGUGGAAGGCCUUCCCUGCUCUGUACACCGGUGUGAGAUUUGGCUAGUGGUUGCCAGAGGUAACGGAGUUCAGACGUUUGAGAGUCAGGAGACUAGCAGCGACAUCUUGUCUCAGUCGCCUUACCCCGACGCCUUCCUGGACGACACGUCACCCAACUUCUUCAUCACCAGAGUGGGGGUUCAGAGUAGCUUUCCCUGUGCAGAGCUGCCUGGGUUCCGAUACUUCCAGGUAGGAGCGGAGGGAAUGUGUCACACCGCCAACUGCAAUGGGGCCCUGCCCACCGGAGCCACCAUCAGAGUGAAAUAUAUCUUGGUGAAUCCAGCUAACAAAAGAAUAGAAUCCGGCUCGCUUUGGUCCCAUCCCAUAACUCUAUUAACGCACAGGGCCAGCUCCUCCAUUGACGAGUCGACAUGGAAACGCUCUGGGGCGAUGGUUGUGAUCACAGUCAUCCUCUCCUGUUCUCUGGCCGUGCUGACGCUGAUGCUGGUAGUCAUGCUGCAGCAGGGCUGCUCCGGACUCACUCACGGACCUCCAGCGAUCCCUGAGCCUCUUUCCCUUAGCCAAGGGGUCAGAAGAUACAACACGCACAACCUCAAUAACUCAGAGUACUACAGCAACCUACGGAUAUUCUCGCUCCAGUCAGCCAAGAUCUGUCACUCUCGAAAUCGACAAGCUCUCCAGGGAGAAUUGGUGACACCAACAGCAAAACCUAGAAUGGCCCUCCUCACUGUGGUCUUUGCAGUGUUGUGCCUGUCUAUCCGGAGUGUGCUGGGAAAAGGUUCAGAGUCCUUUACUCCUCUUAUUUCUUCCAACGUUGUUGGGAACGUCACUGGCAACACUGUCGUACUGCUAACACCAGUGUGUUACUUUAAUGAUGUGACCUGCCCCCCGGGGAAAUGCUUCGUAUAUCUGGUUGCUGCAAAAGACCUAGGAAGCAGCAACUUUGAUACAAACAAAAGCAGCUCCAGUAUUCUCACAUUAUCACCUUACCCGACUGCCUUCUCCAAACCAACCUCUAAAAACUACUUCCUGACCAAGAUGGGGCCUCUGGAAAACUUCAUGUGUAUUAAUGGCGCUGAACCAAAAGACUUCAGAGUGGGCUCAGACGGAAACUGUUCGACUCCCAACUGCAAUGGAAUAUUUUCGACUGGAUUAACUGGUGUCAGGUUUAAAUACGUCUUAAUCAAUAGCACCCAGACAAAUAAAGUUAUUAACGAGACCAACUGGUCCAGCCCCAUCAACCUUCUUUCUCCCAAAUCCUUCACUUCCCUUAAUGAUGGUCUUGGUGGGAGAUCUCCUUCCAUGAUUGCUAUCACCGUCAUCCUGAGUGUUCUGCUCUUCCUGCUACUGCUGCUGCUGAUCGUGGCUCUGGUUUAUGGGGCCCGUCAUGCACCAGAGCCAAUGCCAGUCCUCGGGUCCCUAAGGAUCCGUAGGUACAACACCCACCACAUGAAAGACGGCGUUCCACAGGAUAACCCGGCCUUUGAGGGAAACAUGAAGAACUAUACCACGGCCGAGGUGCUGCCAAAUGUGCCCGGUGCCAUAGAUCAUUUGGGCCCUCAAAACGCAGUGACGUUGAAGCGCUACAAUAAUCACGAAUUCCCCGAAGACAUCAGCCAGACCAGUUAGACCAUGUGCCUUGCAAGGCAAAUACAGCACCAGAGCCCUUCAGAGACCAUUAGCGUUCCUUAUAAUUCUCAAAGGCUAUGACAGGCAGCAACAUCCAAACUACAGACAGGGGUAUUUACCUCUGCUCCUGGACUUAUAAGCUCCUGCCGAUUUCCUGUUCCUGUUUAAAUAGUUUGGAGUACUAUUGGCACAAAUACAAUAAUAAUUGAGUCAAACAAACAUAUUAGUUAUUUCCAGCAUUCCAAGACCAGGACUGUCCAGCUUUGGUACAAACCAUGUGAGGCUUGUUAAUGUAUUUGCCAACUGCAGCCCCCAAAUUUAGACUCUGCUAUGUAGUUUAAAGUUUUAUUGAAAAAGUGGCUGUUCUUCUAGCAUUGCAAUGCACCGUGUUUAUUAUAUUACAGUGAUGUUCACUGUGAUAUUCUGUGCUGGUGUGGGUAAUUAUCUGUACCAUAUGUUAGCCAGACUUCUACAUUCACGUGGCUACACAGCACACGUAACACGCACAUUUUUUCAUUUGAACGUUUACAUGAUUUUUGAAACUUAUGGCUUUAUUAGAGAGUGGUGCCCAAUCUUAUACAAAAAGGGCUGGUCUGGGUGCAGUUUUUUUGGUUUGUUUCUUUCCCUAAGACACCUAAUUCUACUUAUCAAGAUCUUGAUUGAAGACCAUGAUUACAAAAUGAACUGAAUCAGGUGUUGCGGUGCUGGGCUAAAACAAAAACCUGCACCCACACGAGACAACCACUGUAGAUCUCACAAUGGCAGAAAUUAAACAAUAACAUAUUAUUAUUAUUAUUAU